AACCUGAAGAAGAGGUGUGAGUGUGUGUUUGAGGGGAUUGCUAAAGCAGGAAACCCAACACUUCUGAAUCAGAUCUACACAGAGCUGUACAUCACAGAGGGAGGGAGUGGAGAGCUCAAUGAGGAACAUGAGGUCAGAUGGAUUGAAACAGCAUCCAGGAAACCAGCCAGACCAGAAACACCAAUCACAUGUGAAGACAUCUUUAAACCUUCACCUGGAAGAGGUGGACCAAUCAGGACAGUGAUGACAAAGGGAGUGGCUGGCAUUGGGAAAACAGUCUUAACACAGAAGUUCACUCUGGACUGGGCUGAACACAAAGCCAACCAGCAUGUCCACUUCACAUUUCCAUUCACUUUCAGAGAGCUGAAUCUGCUGAGAGGGAAAAAGUUGAGCUUGGUGGAACUUCUUCAUCACUUCUUCACUGAGACCAAAGAAGCAGGAAUCAGCAGGUUUGAGCAGUUCCAGGUUGUGUUGAUCUUUGACGGUCUGGAUGAGUGUCGACUUCCUCUGGACUUCAACAACAACCAGAUCCUGACUGAUGUUACAGAGUCCACCUCAGUGGACGUUCUGCUGACAAACCUCAUCAAGGGGAAGCUGCUUCCUUUUGCUCGCCUCUGGAUAACCACACGACCCGCAGCAGCCAAUCAGAUCCCUCCUGAGUGCGUUGACAUGGUGACGGAGGUGAGAGGCUUCACUGACCCCCAGAAGGAGGAAUACUUCAGGAAGAGAUUCACAAAUGAGGAGCAGGCCAGCACAAUCAUCUCCCACAUCAAGACGUCACGAAGCCUCCACAUCAUGUGCCACAUCCCAGUCUUCUGCUGGAUCACUGCUACAGUUCUGGAGGACGUGUUGAAAACCAGUGAGGGAGGAGACCUGCCCAAGACCCUGACUGAGAUGUACAUCCACUUCCUGGUGGUUCAGUCCAAAGUGCAGAACGUCAAGUAUCAUGGGAGAGAUGGGACAGAUCCAGUCUGGACUGCAAAGACCAAGGAGAUGAUCCUGUCUCUGGGAAAACUGGCUUUUGAGCAGCUGGAGAAAGGCAACCUGAUCUUCUAUGAAGCAGACCUGGCAGAGUGUGGCAUUGAUAUCAGAGCAGCCUCAGUGUACUCAGGAAUGUUCACCGAGAUCUUUAAAGAGGAGCGUGGGCUGUACCAGGACAAGGUUUUCUGCUUCGUCCAUCUGAGCCUUCAGGAGUUUCUGGCUGCUCUUUAUGUCUUUCUGACAUUCAUCAACUCUGGAGUCAAUCUGCUGUCAGAAGGACAAUCAACCUCCCAACUAAAACUCCUCCAGAGUGCUGUGGACAAGGCCUUACAGAGUCCAAAUGGACACCUGGACUUGUUCCUGCGUUUCCUCCUGGGUCUUUCACUGCCGACCAAUCACACUCUCCUACGAGGCCUGAUGACGCAGACAGGAAGUAGCUCACAGUCCAAUCAGGAAACAGUCAAGUUCAUCAAGGAGAAGAUCAAGGAGAAUGAGUCUCCAGAGAGAAGCAUCAACCUGUUCCACUGUCUGAAUGAGCUGAAUGACCAUUCUCUAGUGGAGGAGAUCCAACAGUACCUGAGAUCAGGACGUCUCUCCAGAGUAAAACUGUCCCCUGCUCAGUGGUCAGCUCUGGGCUUCAUCUUACUGUCAUCAGAAGAAGAUCUGGAGGUGUUUGACCUAAAGAAAUACUCUGCUUCAGAGGAGGUUCUUCUGAGGCUGCUGCCAGUGGUCAAAGCCUCCAAGAAAUCUGUGCUGAGUGGCUGUAAUCUGUCAGAGAGAAGCUGUGCAGCUCUGGCCUCAGUUCUCAGCUCCCAGUCCUCUAGUCUGAGAGAGCUGGACCUGAGUAACAACGAUCUGCAGGAUUCAGGAGUGAAGCGUCUCUCUGCUGGACUGGAGAGUCCACACUGCAGACUGGAGGCUCUCAGGCUGUCAGGCUGUCUGCUCACACAGGAAGGCUGUGCAGCUCUGGCCUCAGCUCUGAGCUCCAACCCCUCCCAUCUGAGAGAGCUGGACCUGAGUACCAACGAUCUGCAGGAUUCAGGAGUGAAGCGUCUCUCUGCUGGACUGGAGAGUCCACACUGCAGACUGGAGGCUCUCAGGCUGUCAGGCUGUCUGCUCACACAGGAAGGCUGUGCUUCUCUGGCCUCAGCUCUGAGCUCCAACCCCUCCCAUCUGAGAGAGCUGGACCUGAGCUACAAUCAUCCAGGAGACUCAGGAGUGAAGCUGCUCUCUGCUGGACUGGAGGAUCCAACCUGGAGACUGAAGACUCUCAGGCUGAGUGGCUGUAAUCUGUCAGAGAGAAGCUGUGCAGCUCUGGCCUCAGUUCUCAGCUCCCAGUCCUCUAGUCUGAGAGAGCUGGACCUGAGUAACAACAAUCUGCAGGAUUCAGGAGUGAAGCGUCUCUCUGCUGGACUGGAGGGUCCACACUGCAGACUGGAGGCUCUCAGGCUGUCAGGCUGUCUGCUCACACAGGAAGGCUGUGCUUCUCUGGCCUCAGCUCUGAGCUCCAACCCCUCCCAUCUGAGAGAGCUGGACCUGAGCUACAAUCAUCCAGGAGACUCAGGAGUGCCGUGCGAGCGCCUGGUGGACCACGGUGGAGAGCAGUGGCUGAAACCAGGGAAACCAGGACUGAGGAAGUAUUCCUGUGAACUCAAACUGGACACAAACACAGCAAACAGACGCCUCGUCCUGUCUGAGGACAACAGGAAGGUGAUGAAGGUGGAAGAGGAGCAGCCAUAUCCUGAUCACCCAGAGAGGUUUGACUCCUGCCCACAGAUCCUGUGUAGUGAUGGUCUGACUGGUCGCUGCUACUGGGAGGUCGAGUGGAAAGGAGCCGUUUCUAUAGGAGUGACUUACAGAGGAAUCAGCAGGAGAGGAGGCAGAGAAGACUGUAGGCUUGGAGGGAACGAAAACUCCUGGAGUCUGAACUGCUUUAAUGGUCAUUUCUCUGUCUGGCACAACGACAGAUCGACACCCAUCUCUGUCCCCCUCUCCUCCUCCUCUGACAGAGUGUCAGUGUAUCUGGACUGGCCUGCUGGCUCUCUGUCCUUCUACAGAGUCUCCUCUGACUCACUGAUCCACCUCCACACCUUCAGCAGCUCCUUCACUGAACCUCUGUACCCGGGCUUUAGGGUUUGGACAGGGUCACUGUCUCUGUGUCAGAUCUGA